AUGGAAGCAAGCACAGAAAGGAAGGGAGGAGAUGAGGUAUUGAUGAGGAGGCUUCACAUAAUUUACUUCCUAAGCAGGAAAGGGAAGAUCGAGCAGCCUCACCUCAUCACAGUUCACCACCUUAACAACAAUGGUGUUCAUCUUCGAGAUUUUAAGAGAUGGCUAUCUGAGCUCAGGGGAAAAGAAAUAUCGGAAUCCUUUGCUUGGUCAUACAAGAGGAAGUACAGAACCGGCUAUAUAUGGCAGGACCUCACCGAUGAUGACCUCAUCAUCCCCACCUCCUACUGCGAGUUUGUAUUAAAGGGAUCUCUCCUCUCCCCCAUCAAAAUCUUUGAGAAAUUGAAGGAAGAAGCAAAGUUUUUGGCUUCUCCUGCGACAUUAAGAAUGUCAGGUGAAGCAUUGCAGAGAGAAAAAACUACUUCUUCAAAGCUUCCUACAAAAUUAGAGGAACAAUCGCCAAAAGAAACAUCGAAUUCAAGCUCAGAAGAAGCCCAAAGGAAAACUGCAGUUUUCAAGAUAGAUUCUUGGAAGGAGGAGAUGAAGACAGUAGAGAAAGUCUGUUGUGAAGAAAUUGUUCCUGUGGAGAAUGGGAGGAAGGUUACUGAAGUUAAAAGUAAGGAACGUGGUGAUAAUAAAGCUCACAGCUGGGCGCCAUUAGUUUUGAGAGAUUUUCUGAGCUGUAGAAUGGUGGGGACGAAGGACUCUAUUAUGAGAGCUGCGAGCAAUCAGAAUAAGAGUGGCAGUAGAAGGAAUAACACCUGCAGCACCUAG